UGUCGAUUUACUCACAACCAGAGCUCAUCAAAGCCCAAAUAUCUCACUUUUUAGGAUUGGUUUCUGAUUCCUUUCUUCAUGUCUUCACGUGAUGUAGUUUCUGCUCACCUUUGAGCAAUUGGCGAAAUUGCCACACCUGAAUCGCUGAUACAGUACAGUGUCAUGUACUUGGCUCAUCAUUCACGAAAUCUAUAGAUUGUUUAUUGUCUCGGAUAGUUCAUACAUCUCAGAUUAAAAUAAUAGUAUCAGGAUGACUCACAGUGAGAAAAGAGGAGCUUGGUACUUGGAAGGAGGAAUUGGCCUUGGAGUGGGUGUGCUAUAUGGCACGACAAAUGUGUGCGUUGGACAUCCGUUCGACACUAUCAAGACCAAGAUGCAGGCACAGAAGGGAUUUGAAGGCAUGACAAUGGCUGGUACCUUCAAGGAAACAAUACGGAAAGAUGGUUUCAAAGGCCUUUAUAGAGGCUGUGUACCGCCACUCUGGGGCUCUGGAAUUUACCGCUCGUCACAAUUUGCUGUGUUUGAGGCUGUUUACACCUACUUGGAUACUCCAGUCUGCAAAUGGGAACUACCUGGAACUGGUGGUCUUCAACUGCGUGUUCUCCUGGGUGGUGCUGCAGCAGCCACGACUCGAGCAGUAAUUGAAUGCCCCUUAGAAGUGGCCAAGGUGCGGCGGCAAACUGGUCAAAGUUGGGAGUUUAAAAGUCUAUACAAGGGUUUUACUGUGACGUGGAUACGCACGCUUGGCUUAAUGUCAACAUACUUUAUUCUAGUGGACUCACAGCGGCGCCACAAUGCUGACCUCUUCAAGAGCACGUUUGUCGGCCCGUUCCUCGUGUCCGGUGUCUCUGCUACGCUAGCAUGGUGGUUGGUUUGGCCGUUUGAGUACAUGAAGUCACAAGUUCAAAGUAACUAUGGCAAGGACAUGUCAUUGUUUGCGCGGAUGCGCAUGACGAUGAGGGAGCGCGGCGGGUUCUUUGCUCUGUAUCGUGGCAUUGGCCCGGGCUCGAUCAGAAGUUUCUUGGCAAACGGCUGCAGCAUGAUCGUGAUGGCCAAUGCCCAGCGCUAUAUCUCUCACUGGGGACUAAGAUAGUACUAGUAGUGCGUGUCGUGUCGGUACCAUUUCCCAGUCUCUAGUGUUUUCAUUUUUUUUUUACAAUUUGUUAGAAAACUCUCACCACUGGCCGGCCGCUGUCGUAGUAACUCCUAUGCUGUUGUUCACCUUGCUCCUAGAUUCUUUUUGAAUGGAUCCGGAGGAUCCUCCUUUGUAUUUUGAAAAAUUGAUAGCAGUUGCUCAAUAACUUCUUGACAUGUAACAGAACAUCUUGACCAUGAAAUUCUGGGAAAUUAUUGCUGCCCCUCCUCGUAUUUGAUAGGCAUACUGAUGGUUCCAAAUGCAGUUAUAAUUAUGGUAUUUCGGACAUUUUAUUACAAUGGUUUUGCAAUUUUUUUCGCUUCUGAUCAUCCAUAGUGCCGAUGAUGUCAGUAGUAUCAAGAGUAUAACCUUGGUAGUAUGGUGUGCGCUAUUGUAGAACUAUUUAAAAAUUCUGUAGACCUCGUAGUGCACUACUUGGAGCCUAUACAUGUAUAAUAUCCUGCUUUGGGUUCUAGUGUUGCUUUUUGGACUUUUCAAGCAAAUCUUGGCACACGUACAACGAAUACGCACAUGUACUUGAAAAACUAUUCUUCACCUGUGGGAAUGUCAGUCUUGCAGCUUGCA